AUGCUUGUCACCGUGGUAAACACUUGCGACCAAGAAGAACUUGAGGAGUCUGAUGAGGACAAAGUUGUUUUACGAGUAGUCCGCCACGAAGAGGCGAGGCGAAAGAUUGCAGUUGGAAGGGUGAAAAUUGCCAUACGGCACGCUAGCAUUGGAGAGGGCAUUAAAGAUGCCAUUUCCAACUUCGAGGACGCGUACAUGGAAGUCAGACAUCGAAACGAGCGGCUCCCUCCAGAACUUUUCAAUGCCGAAGAGGCAAAAGCUUUCCUGGCUCGAGCACAAUCUGGGUCGGUACCGACAACCCUAGCAGACAUCGUCGAGCCCCCUGUAUCUCCGGGUGCAGACAGCGUUGGAGUGGACACUUCGAUGUCGUCUGGAUUGGGGCCUUACCCAGUCCCUUGA